AUGGCGGCUACCAACAGCAAGCUGCCUACCCUCCCGGGUGGCUACAAUUAUCCUCCGCCUACGGUCCCACCGAGAGCAGGCGCUCCUUACCUAGAGUCUUCCACUCUUCCGGAAAACUUUGUCUUUAUUGUUGUAGGAGCAGUCUUAGGGUUCGUCGGCUUUCUUAUCAUUGCAUGGAGAGUCGUCAUGUCGUGGUCGAUCAACCGAGCAUUCAAACGCGAUGCUAAAAGCGGUGCCGCGGGCGGCAACGUAUCCUACACACCUCUUCCAGACCUCAAAAAGAACCCUGCCGCGCAAUCUGGUCACGAUAUGCAGGAUCUAAGCAAACUACCGCGGUCGUUCUCCAAUGUUCCGAGUCUAUUCUUUUCACCCACUGCCGAAGUUGCCAAGCAGUCUCAAAGACCUCCUUCUCAGCACUUACCUGCUGGCCAUUAUCGAGAUGCCUCGGACACUUUCCGUCGAUAG